CUGUAAUCAUGUACCACAGCUACUACGCAUGCAUGCCCACCAAAUAUAAAGAGAGCCUGACCAGCCACUCAGCCGUCAGAGAAAUCUAAAUCCCUUGUGAUAAAAGACUUUCAUUUGGCAUUUAGAGAGUGGAAAAGGAUGAAGUGUAUUGUGGCAUUUCUUGUGCUGUCGAUGGUCACCCUCAUGGCUGAACCUGGAGAGUGCAUUUGGGACGCAGUUUUCCAUGGAGCCAAACAUUUUCUUCAUCGGCUCGUCAAUGGAUCUGGUGUCAAGGAUGCUGUCAAGGAUGUCCAACAAAAGCAAGAGCAGCAAAAAGAUCAGGAGCUGGAUAAGCGUGCAAUCAGUUACCACCGUCGUCGACUUAAUUUUGACUAAAUUCAAGCUACCACCAAAAAAACCUCCAUUCUAUUGAAAAGAAAAGCUUCGUCUAUAACAACAGAAAUAAAAUGCAGCUAAUUAUUUCUUGAAACUAUACUUUGUAUUACUUUACUUGAUAAAGUACUCUUAGUGUUUUU